AUGUCGUCCGACGGAGAAGGAACGAGUCUUGCUACAAUUUCACAUUGCGCGCCUCAAUUAUUAACGAGUGCGUUGCUCUACAUCCGGGAUCGUGGGCGUAAUAUUGUCAAGGCACGAGCGUUGUUAGACACGUGCGCCACCGCGAAUUUCAUCUCUGAGGCUAUCGUUCGAAAGUUGGACGUGCCGGUAAUCAAGCAUUCUAUAUCGAUCGGUGCGAUCAACGCCACGAAAACCGAGUCAAGGGGAGUCGUGCAGAUUAGCGUUCAAUCGUUACAUAACGGCUUUAAUAAAACAUUGACAUGCUUAACGAUACCGGUCAUUACAGAUUUGAUUCCUUCCGAAACGUUCCCUCGAGAUGCGCUCACGCUGCCUAAGAAUAUAAGAUUAGCGGAUCCGGAGUUCCAUAAACCACGUCCUGUCGACUUGCUCAUCGGCGCUGGAGCAACGCUUUCGCUUUUUUCCGUCGGCCAAAUCGACUUGUCACGAGACGGACAUGAUCUAUAUUUACAGAAGACGCGACUUGGCUGGGUGGUCGCGGGGGGCGCGCCUGCACGCGCGUCGGUGCCAAUCUCGUCAGAUCCCGCCAUUUGUUAUCUAACAAACCUAGAAAAACAGAUAGAGAAAUUUUGGGAUAUCGAAGAAAUUGCUCGGGACAGUCCGAAAUCAGACGAAGAAAUCCAGUGCGAAUCUCAUUUCGUAGAAAAUAUCUCGCGCGAUCGGAGCGGACGUUACACAGUUCGCUUGCCGUUUCGUAAACCGUUUAGACGUCUUGGUGAUUCGCGUAACGCUGCAGUUAAGCGUUUAACGGCAUUAGAACGCAAAUUCAGUGCCGAUGAGGCUUUGAAGCUUGAAUAUUCUCGAGUAAUCGAAGAGCAUUUAAGAUUGAAGCACAUAUCUUUAAUUCGGGAUCCCGGUAAUGACGGAUAUUACAUGCCUCAUCAUGCCGUAAUUAAAGAAUCGAGUAGCACUACGAAGGUCAGGAUAGUGUUUGACGCGUCCGCGAAGUCAAACAACGGUACAUCACUGAAUGACGCAUUAAUGGUCGGACCUACGAUACAGAACAAAAUAUUCGCGCAUUUAAUUCGGUUUCGCAUGUAUAGAUAUGUCCUUACCGCAGAUAUCGAGAAAAUGUACUGUCAGGUGCUAUUGCAUGAAAACGAUCGGAAAUAUCAAAGAAUUUUGUGGCGCGUGGACAGGGAAGUAAAGACCUUUCAGUUUAAUACGCUUACGUUUGGCGUUUCCUCGUCACCAUUCUUAGCGAUCCGUACCAUACAACAACUCGCGGACGACGAAUAUCAGUUCCAUCCUAGAGCAGCGGAAGUGAUCAAAAUGCAUUUAUAUGUAGACGAUUUGCUGACCGGCGCGGAGACGAUCGAAGAAACGCGAGAAAUUCGAGAUGGAGUAAGCGCGCUACUAUCUAAAGGCGGUUUCACUAUACGAAAAUGGGCGUCCAACGACGAACGAAUCGUUAGCGACAUGGCGGCCAAUGCGCUGCACGCAGAAUUCUCGUUAAACGCGGACGGCGACCAUUCAUUGAAGACGCUUGGAGUAGCGUGGAGCCCGCGUAGCGAUGAAUUGCGGUAUGCGGCCCACGUUAUCGAGGUUGCAGAAAGAGUGACGAAGCGGAAAGUUUUAUCGGACAUCGCAAAAAUAUACGAUCCGUUGGGUUUGCUGGGCCCCAUUGUAUUAUAUGCGAAGAAAUUAAUGCAGGAUGUAUGGCGAUGUAAGUUGCAGUGGGACGAAUCUGUUCCCCAGAGUGUGUAUACAGAGUGGCUCGAAUUUGCGCGACAGCUCGGAUCGAUGGGUCGCAUCGCGUUUGAUCGUAGAUUAUGGUCUGAUGAGUGCAUUGACUUACAGCUGCACGGUUUCUCCGAUGCGAGCAAGAUCGGUUAUGGCGCCUGUUUGUACAUGCGCUCAUGCGACAAGAGCGGGAACGUGAAUAUUAGAUUGGUUUGCGCACGGUCUCGGGUCGCGCCCUUAAAAACGGUUACGAUACCGCGUUUAGAGCUGUGUGGCGCGCUACUGUUGGCACACUUGUAUCGCGAGGCUAAGGAAACGUUGGGUACCGUUCCUAACAACAUAGUUUUUUGGUGUGACUCGACAGUAGUGUUGCAUUGGAUAAAAACGCCACCGCACCUACUUAAGACCUACGUCGCGAAUCGGGUCACUCAAGUAAGGGAAAUCACUGAUCCAGAUGCGUGGCGUCACGUAGCUUCGGAAGAUAAUCCGGCCGAUGCGAUCUCAAGAGGUCAGUUGCCUCAAACAUUUUUGCGAAAUAAAACGUGGUUCGAAGGGCCCUCAUGGUUAAAAAAAGGAGAAAGCGAGUGGCCUAACGAAGUCAUGCAAGCGAUGCAGGUGCCUGAAUUGCGAAAAAACACGUGCUUAAUCACGACGUUCUAUGACCUGGAGAUGUUUCAAAAAUAUUCAUCGUUUUCUAAAUUAUUGCGAAUUAUCGCAUACUGUUUGCGUUGGCGACCGAGUAACAAGUUUACUGGAACUUUGCGCGCGGUAGAGAUAAGAGAGGCCGAAAUACGCCUAUUGAAACUUCUUCAGGCCGCGCAAUUUGCUGAUGAAAUUCAAGCUAUUAAAGAAAAUAAAAAAUUACCGGACAAAGGUAAAUUGAUCAAUCUGAGUCCAUUCGUGGACGAGGAUGGCCUCGUACGG